UGAACAACACUCAAGAUGAUUGCUUCGCUUUUGGCAUUCUAUUCUCUAUUCUCGUUCGCAAUGGCCGCCAACAAGGAGCGCACUUUUAUCAUGGUUAAGCCCGAUGGAGUCCAACGUGGACUUGUCGGCAAAAUCAUUGAGCGCUUUGAGCAGAAGGGCUUCAAGUUGGUCGCUAUGAAGUUCAUGUGGGCUGAGAAGGAGUUGUUGGAGAAGCACUACGCUGAUCUGUCUGCUCGUCCCUUCUUCCCCGGUUUGGUCAACUACAUGAACUCCGGUCCAGUGGUUCCCAUGGUGUGGGAGGGUCUGAAUGUGGUUAAGACCGGUCGUCAAAUGCUGGGCGCUACCAACCCAGCUGACUCUCUGCCCGGCACCAUCCGCGGUGACUUCUGCAUCCAGGUUGGCCGCAACAUCAUCCACGGCUCUGAUGCCGUUGAAUCUGCCGAGAAGGAGAUUGCUCUGUGGUUCAACGAGAAGGAGUUGGUCACUUGGGCCCCAGCUGCCAAGGAUUGGAUCUAUGAAUAGACUUGCAUUUGAACUUGUUCGAGUUUGCGUCUGAGCUAAGCUGAGCUUCUUAGAUUCUUAAAAAGAAUAAAAUUCCACUCUUAUAUGUA